GGGUGGGGGCGCUGCCGUGCCCUGAGCGGUGGCGGGACCCCUCCCGGGAGGAAGCUGCUCUCCACGCCCAUCUUCUACGUGAACGGCUCGCCCCACAUCGGGCACCUCUACUCGGCGGUGCUGGCGGAUGCUUUGCACCGGUACCGGGAGCUGCAGGGCCAGGGAGGCGGCUGCUUCUCCACCGGAACUGAUGAGCAUGGGCUGAAGAUCCAGGCGGCCGCGGCGGCGGCCGGCGUCCCCCCACAACAGUUCUGCGACCGUGUAUCGGCCGAGUUCCGGGAGCUUUUCACGACGGCCGGCAUCUCCUACACCGAUUUCAUCCGCACCACGGAGCCACGGCACAGACAGGCUGUGGAGCACUUCUGGGUCACUCUACGCGACCGGGGCUGGCUCUAUCAAGGGGCUUAUGAAGGCUGGUACUGCACAGCCGAGGAAAGCUUCUUGACCGCAUCCCAGGUCACGGAACGUCCUGACGCCCAUGGCCACAGGUGCAUGGUUUCCCUGGAGAGUGGCCACCAGGCACACUGGACCAAGGAGGAGAAUUACAUUUUCAAGCUGUCGGCGUUCCGGGAGCCGUUGCGGAGAUGGCUCCAGGACAAGAAGGCAGCCGUCACCCCCGAACCCUUCCGCCAGCAGGUGCUCCUCUGGCUGGGACAGGAGCUGCCCGACCUCUCCGUCUCCCGCCACAGAAACCGCCUGCAGUGGGGAAUCCCUGUUCCAGGGGACCCCUCGCAAACCAUCUACGUCUGGGUGGACGCCCUUGUGAACUACCUAACCGUUCUCGGCUAUCCCGAUGCCCACCGUGCCUCGUGGCCCAUGGCGUGCCACGUAGUGGGCAAAGAUAUCCUCAAGUUCCAUGCCAUCUACUGGCCUGCCCUGCUGAUGGCGGCAGGAUUGGAACCCCCGGAACAGAUCUUGGUGCACUCGCACUGGACGGUGCAGGGGCAGAAGAUGUCCAAGAGCCUUGGCAACGUGGUGGACCCAGCCGCCUGCUUCCGGCAAUACUCCGUGGACGGUUUUCGGUACUUCCUGUUGAGGCAGGGCGUCCCCGAAUGGGACAACGAUUACUACCCCAGGAAGGCCGUCAACCUGAUCAAUUCGGAGCUGGCGGAUGCCCUCGGGGGGCUCCUCAACCGUUGCACAGCCCCCGGUCUGAACCCCAGUGGGACCUACCCUUGCUUUUCAGAGGUGUGCUUCCCCAGAGGCACAGGGGCAGGAGGAUCUGCGUGGACCUCAGCAGAAGAUUAUGAGCUGGUGUCCUCGGUGAAAGAUUUACCCCUGAAAGUCAGCAGUUCUUUUGAACAAUUUCACAUCUACAGGGCUUUAGAAGCCAUCUCGGAUUGCGUGAGGCAGACCAACAGCUUCGUCCAAAGGCACGCUCCUUGGAAACUCCAGCUCAAGGAGCCAGACCAGAAGCGUCGGCGGGACACCGUCCUUCACGUCGCUCUGGAAUGCCUUCGGGUUUAUGGGGUCCUGCUGCAACCCGCGAUCCCGACCAUUGCGGAUAAAAUCCUCACCAAGCUGGCUGUCGGGGCCACAGAACGAUCUUUCAAAGAUUUGAACUUCCUGCCUCGCUACUACGGGGAGAAAUGUCCCUUUGAAGGGAGGAGACUUGGGCCUGACGUGGGGCUCUUAUUUCCUAGGCUGGAGAAACCUCAAGACAGAAGCUGUGGGGAGACGUGAUUUGUUUAUUCAUUUUUUUUAAGCUGCCGUCCCUAAUAACACUUGUGGGGAGGAGAUGUGGUGUCGGAAUACGCUUAGUCUUCCAAGAGUCUCUGCUUGCGUGCUUUCAGAAGGAAGAAACUGGCAGUUGAUAUGUUAUGCAGUGUUUUGGGAAGUGGGGGCUAGCAGAAGUGUGUAUGUGUGCGUUCUCGCUCCAUCAAUUCAGGCAACAGUAAUCUCUGCUAAGGUGUAUCUCUGUUAAGGUAUGUGCAUGUACACACAC